ACUCGGCAGUGUACGGGCGUCAGGGCACGCCCUCCCGUAAACCACGGCGAUAAAGACUCGGCACGCCGUCUUCCUCUCCCUUCGUCUCCAUAUCUUCUCCGAUCUGCCAAACUCUGUUCGCUGUCGCCGCUCCCCUUCGGUGAGAAGCCAAGAUGACGGUGGAGAAGGUGGACGCGUCGCUCGCCGACUUCGACGCCCACUUCGAGCGCCUCUUCGGCCCCUCCGAUGACGGCAAGGUGAAGCUGCUGCUCUUCCUGGCCGACCGCGACCCCUCCACCUCCCUCACCUGGUGCUCCGACUGCAACGUGGCGGAGCCGGUGAUCUACGAGAAGCUGGAGGCGCUGCAGGGCAGGGACGUCAUGCUCCUGCGUGCCUACGUCGGGGACAAGCCCACGUGGCGCGACACUGCUCACCCGUGGAGGGUCGAUCCCCGGUUCGGGCUCAAGGGCGUCCCCACGCUGAUCCGGUGGGAGAAGGGCGCCGCCGCCGCCCGGCUCGAGGACGACGAGGCGCACCUCGGCGACAAGAUCGACGUCGUCCUCGGCGCCGGCGGCAACUGACAGACGACUCUGGGUUCCCGUUAGGAUCUCUCUGCCGAUCGAAUGGGAACGGCAGGAAUUUAGCUUCUGUGCUUUGUGAUGAGCUCGUGGGUAAUGAUCAUGACCAGUAUAUGAUUAUCUGGUUCAGUUCUUGUAUCACAGACCGUCUGGGAAAUAAAGAUGAAUCAUUGAGUGUU